AUGGCAACGGCCCUAGCUAACCAAGGUCAUGUUCAAUUGCAGUCUGUUUGCCAGAAUUGCGGUACUUCCAAGACUCCAUUAUGGCGCCGAGACGAGAUGGGCUCGGCCAAUACCGAUGCAAACAACCAAGCUACUCCAAGAUCAGACGGCACUACGCCAUAUGGCUACGCUCGUGCUUCCAGGAAGCUCUCUCCUGGCCGUUCCGAUGGUUCAAAUUCUCCAGUCUCCCGAACGGACACGCCUAAUUUCCAUGGCUCAACUAGUAUCCCUUCUCACAACAUGUUUGACAACGUUGGCCUCUCAGACCCGAACUUCAACCCAUCGGGGAACUUUGCGUCAUUACAGCUGCAACACCCGUCUCCAGGCUCAACGUCUUCUAACGAACGCCAUCUUGAGGGUCCCCAGACGUAUGAAAACUUAGUUGCUGCAAACACAUCCUUAAAGACCAGAGUCAAUGAGCUGGAAUUGAUAAACGAUCUUUUUCAAGACUCAGAAUCUCGUCUACGGCAGUCACUCAAAGAGGCACAGAAGCGAGAAGAGGAACUAAAACGCAGGAUAAGCGAACUUGAAGGUCGCUUAUCCGGGCAGGAACAGGCUCAAUCUAAAGAUGAGCCGGUAGAACCUCAAACUAAACGGUGUCGACUUUCCGACUCUCCAGAGAAGGUCGAAGUCGACAACAAGUCUUCAGCGGACGUCUAG